AUGACCUCCACCGACAAACAAUCCACCGACCUUAAAACCAUCGCCGCCCGCAUCAAAAGCGGCUCCAUCACCCGCAUCGUCGCCCUCACAGGCGCAGGAAUCAGUACCGCCGCGGGAAUCCCCGACUUCCGCUCCCCAACAAGCGGCCUCUACGCCAAACUCGCCCCGCUCCGCCUCCCGUACCCGGAGGCAAUCUUCACAAUCAGCUACUUCACGCACACGCCCGAACCUUUCUACGCGCUUGCUCGGGCGCGGCAUCCAGGGAAUCUAAAACCGACGCUGUCGCACGCGUUCCUCGCUCUACUAGCGAAGAAGGGACUGCUGCAGUUCUGCUUCACGCAGAAUAUCGACGGGCUGGAGUGCGAUGCGGGGGUGCCGAGCGAGAAGACGCUUUGGUGCCAUGGGAACUGGAAGAAUCAGCACUGUCAUAAGUGUCAUGCGGAGUAUCCGGAUGAGCUGAUGAAGAAGGCUGUCCGGGACGGCGAGGUGCCGUACUGUUUGGAUGAGGGAUGCAAGGGCGCGGUGAAGCCUGAUGUUGUGUUCUUCGGGCAGCCUCUUCCGGCGGAAUAUGAAGAAAAGGAGAAGCUGGUUGCGGAUGCGGAUCUGAUGCUUGUCAUGGGGACGAGCUUGAAGGUUGCGCCUGUUUCGCAGCUGCCGAGGAAGGUGCGGGAGGGGGUGCCGAGGAUUCUUAUCAAUAGGGAGCGGUCGGGCGAUCUGGGGAACCGGCCUGAUGAUGUGUGUAUCCUGGGCGCGUGCGAUGAUGGAGUGAAGGAGCUUGCGGAGGAGCUCGGGUGGACGGAGGAGCUGGAGGAGUUUUGGAAGACGGUGGUUGAAGCUAAAGAGGAUGAUCCGGCGCUGGAGGGUGGUCCGAGCCUCGACGAGUGUAUCCAGAAGAUUGCGGGUCAUAUGAAUGAGAAGUCGAAGAUAUCGAACGGGCAUAAGCGGAUGUUGGAGGAUCAUUUGAGCUCCAAAUUUGCGAAUCUUUUGGGCCCGAAACGAGGAUGA